AUGACUCCACAAUCCUUCCCUUCGUACAAAGGUUCAUGGUCGUUCUUUUCUGUUUUUUCCACAAUCAACAACGACACAUUAAACUCGACUGCCAGCUGUCAUCCUUUCUUGUUCACAACAGGACUAAGCCGAGAAUCAACUCCCACGAUCGAAAACUCGAUCUGUCCUGAUACUUACGUCUCCUUCACCAUCACACUCCUCUUUCUCAUCUAUUACCUCCUUCUUCUCAUCAUUACCUCUUUAGGUAUCAUUUGGAAACGAAAUUCCAAACACAUCCAAGCACGUAAUCUCACUCACAUGUUUCUCACUCUCGCUUCAAGUUUCUUCUUUAUUACCAUUUUUUGUUUAAGAAUAAUUAUUGGAAGGAAAUCCUUUCCAUGUGGUUUAUAUAGUUGGUGUUUUUGUUUGGCUCCAUUGGCGACCUUGCCAACCACGUGUCGAAGUUUAUUAUUGUAUUUCAGUUACAAGUUGAAUUUAAUCAAAAUGAAAUUGGGAAUGAAGAGAAAAUCAAUGAUUCAAUUUCAGGAAGAACUUAAUGGUGAAGUGGGAAGAAGAAUAAUUGUUGAGGAUGGAAAUUCCAAUAGUGACAAUCAUAGCUCUGUACCAUCGAACACUACUCUUCAAUCAAUACCUUCAACAAGCACUGAAGAUCCUUCUCUAUCAUCUCAGUUCAAAGAAGAAGUGACACCUGACACUUCCUGUGUUUCAAUUACAGAGAGUGAAAAAAGACUCAUCAAAAUUUAUCAAUUUCUCACCAGUUACAAAUUAAUAGUAUUAAUCUAUAUCACUAGUCUCAUCUUUUCUACUUGUUUAUGGCUUUUAAUGGGUGGAAUUGAAGAAGGAAUUUACAUUUCUCAAAAUCGAACGAAAAAGAAAAUUUUCACAUUCGCCGGAUUUUUAGAAUUUCAAAUAGGAUGUACACUCACCACCAAUUGUUUAAUAUUAAUAUUGUCAUUGGCUGUUGUGUAUUGUAUCUUUGAAGCAGUGGCUGUCAUUUUGAGUAUUCGAGCAGAUCGAGACACUUGGCACAUCAAGAAAGAAAAUUUUAUCGUUCUUCUGGUCGAAGUCCUGGGUUUAGCAUUGUUUAUUAUUUUGGGUUUGAUUCCUCAAGUUCAGAAUUUGGUUGAUUUUUUAAUACCUUAUGGUCUUUUUCUCUUCUUUUCAUUUUCUGUGGAGAGUAUCAUUAGUGUCUUGAUGCCUGUCAUUUAUGAAAUUAAGAAUGAUUGGAUGCAAGCUAGAAGAAACAAACAAAAUUUUGAAAAUUCCAAUAAGGAAGAAGUGAAUGUGGACGACAAGAAAGAAAGUCAUGUCGAACAGUUAUUGCAAAAUCCAAAAACUUUUAAAAUGGUUUUGGAUCAUGCACGUCGAAGUUAUUGUCCAGAAGCUGUAUUAUGUUACCAUGAAAUUCAACGCUACAAAAAAGCAAAGAAAUGGUCAGAACGUAAGAAGAUGGCCAUGUAUUUGAUUGACACAUUCUUGACAGUUGGAGCUCCCUUAGAGAUUAACAUUUCCUUACUUGAGAAACGAAAACUAGAUUUGUUACAGCGCAUGGAGACAAUAUUUUCGUCGAAUGACAGUGAUUCUCGAUCGAAUGACUCAUCGAACGAGCAUCAGCAGCAGCAACAAGUGAUCCAAUCCGAUCGAUUCUUAUUUCACGAAAUUGAACUCCAUUGCAUUCAUGACCUGACCGAUCUCAUGAGUCGAUUACCACAAGGUCUUUUUCAAAAAACUCAAACAAUUAAAUUCUAA